ACCCCAAAACAAAAACCAAAAAAAUUCACAGAAACUCGGAAAGACCCAUCAACACAUACAAGAACAAAGACUUCUUCUUCUUCUUCAUUUUAUCCCCACCCACAGCUCCACAAGCAAUUGCUCCCCUCUUCUCCUCCUCAUCUCAUCAGAUUUAUAGGGUUUUUCUUCUGUCCUCUUAUUUCUGCGUACAUAUUUAUAUUCAGACUGCAAACCCGAAGCUCGAUCUGUACAUAGUUUGAUCGGAUUCCACUACCAUCAUCCAUGGAGGGAAUGGAAGAGAGCAAGAAGCCGGAAGCGCAUUUAACGUCUGCUGCGGCUUUCGUGGAAGGAGGCAUUCAGGAUGCUUGUGAUGAUGCUUGCAGCAUAUGUCUUGAAGACUUUUGUGACAGUGAUCCAUCAACUCUGACCACUUGCAAGCAUGAGUUCCAUCUUCAAUGCGUCCUUGAAUGGUGCCAAAGAAGCUCCCAGUGCCCAAUGUGUUGGCAAUCUAUUUCCCUGAAGGAUCCAACCAGUCAGGAACUGCUCGAAGCUGUAGAACGUGAGAGAAAUAUAAGAUUGAAUCCACCUAGGAAUUCUGCCAUAUUUCAUCAUCCAACUCUGGGGGACUUCGAAUUGCAACAUCUGCCAGUUGGUAUAAAUGAAGCUGAACUUGAAGAGCGUAUAAUUCAGCACCUGGCUGCUGCUGCUGCAAUGGGACGACGUCAUGUUUCUCGAAGAGAAGGUUCCCGACAUAGGUCAUCAUCUCAAAGCCGUCCACAAUAUGUAGUGUUUUCUAGUCAUCAUAAUGGGCCAGCCACUGGUCCAACUGGCGCUUCCCCAACUCAGAGAGGAGAGGUUGAACCGGGUUCAAUGGCUACACUAGCGGCACCAUCUUCUCCGGUCAGAGGUGUUGGUGACUCUUCUCCACUUCCAAAUAGUAGAGAAGCAUCUCCCCAAGUGGCUACACCAUUAUCAAGAAGUGGCCAUACUAGCUCACCCGCUUCUGGCUCUGGUGUUGUUAUCAGCCAACAUAGAACUUCCCCAAACACUGGAUCUCCUAGUCAGUCUUCGCCAGAUAGUCAAGACAGAGCCGGGCCAUCUGAACUCCAGUCCAUCUCAGAUUCGAUCAAAUCUAAGCUUAAUGCAGUUUCAAUGAGAUAUAAGGAAUCAAUUUCGAAGAGCACAAGGGGUUGGAAGGAGAGAUUCUUUUCUCGCAACACUGCAAUGGCAGACCUCAGUUCUGAUGUUAGAAGAGAGGUUAAUGCCGGAAUUGCAACGGUUUCUCGCAUGAUGGAGCGUCUGGAUUCUAGAGAGAAAGAAGAAAUAACAAGCACUUCUUCGGCAUCAAACGGAGAGGUGGAUAAUAAUGCAGCCCAAGAAAACAACCAUGAACAUAUAUCAGAAGCUGGCGGCGAUGAAGGCAUUCUUGCUGGUACUGGCACCGGCACCAAUAUGCAUGCUCCACCUGCUGCUGCUUCUGGUACAAAUUGAUAAAGGUUCAGCAAUUGCUUCAACUCGAAGGAUUUCAGUUAGAUCAGGUAUGUAUGGUCUCCACUCUCUUUGACUCUAGCCUGAGCAUGCUACAACUAUAUGAUUUCAUCGUUAUAAUGCUCCCGUAUGGAUUAAUAAAAUCGAUGGCUUACUGGAUCAUCCAAAGCAUCCUGCCAUGAAGACUAAUCUCAUCGGAUGGAUGGAUCGGUUUGAGUGCAAUUGUUGGUUGAUCAAUAGAGAGAGAGCUCCAUGAUUCAGAAUAAAGAAAAGGCUAUUCUGGAUUUGGACUGGGAAAGACAGACCUAUUACACAUAAUAUAUAUAUAAAGAUAGAUUCUUAUUAUCAUUGUAUAUUAGACUCACUGCGAGGAUUAUAUAUAAUAAUAGUAUGUACCUUAAAUUGUCACUUUGAUGCUGUCAUAGAUAUGCUUCUUUGAUGGUGCAGUGGAACUUUGAGGCUGAGGCACGUUUCCUGUCCCCCUUUCCCUCACCUCUUUCUCUAUUUAUUC